GAUUACCUCAUCCAGACCUGCACAGUGCAGCUGCACCUGCUCACUGAGGACCCUGCCAACCAGCACGCAGCCUAUGUGACCUGCCAGGAUCUGCGCAGCAUUGUGGACCCCUCAGAGCAAAUGGUGAUGGUUAUCAAAGCUCCCCCAGAGACACAGUUGCAGGUCUCAGACCCAGCGGAGGCUUUCCAGGUCUCCGUGCGAAGCACUCAGGGCCCCAUCGACGUCUUCCUCUGCCCCGAGGACAGCUCAGGGGUCUGCAGCCCCGUCAAGAGCCCCUUCAAAGCCUCCACAGACGACUCCUCUCCCAGCCAUUCACAGCCCAGAGCCUCCCCACUCCUGCAUCCUGCCCAGGAUAUCAACAUGCCACUGCUGCCUGGAGAGCAAGAAGCACUGCUGCCAGGGACCAGCGCACUGCCUGGCAAGUGCCCAGGGGAGGACGUGAGCCUGUCGCCACUGGCUUCCAUGGAUGCCUUCCUGGAGCAGAGCAGAGAGGACUUUGCAGGUUUCUUGGCAGAUGAGUUCAUCAAUUUGUCGCCGCCGCAGGCGCAGGACUACCACUUCGGGCUGGAGGAGGGAGAGGGCAUCAGUGAGCUCUUCGACUGCAACUUUGGGGACUUCACCCCCUUGGACUUUUGA